UUUCUCAUUUUCUCUAACCAGGCUGAGCUGGGGUGGUGGUUGAUUUUUUCAACAACAUAUAGCCAGUUGUUCAUGGACUAUAUGAACAACUGUUUUAAGGAAGGACAAGCCUGAACUCACCUUCCUGCCUCAGGGGCCUGGGCUCCAUACCUGCGGAGUAGACAGUCUUCUGUCUAAAGAGCCGGACUUGAAGUUUGGAGUAAAUCCUCUGGUUGACAGACAGGUGCUUCCCAGCUGAGCCCCUGGGAGGAUUCUCCAGUAGCGCAGGGACACCUCUUCCCCCAGAGGCCUGACAGGCUGGACCCCUCUGGUCCAAUUCAAAGUGAGGGGACGGCUCCUGCCAGGCUGGGAAGAACGCCGGACCUCCACCUCCUUGGGUCCGUCGUCUAUCCAUCUCCGGCAAUGGGCGCCUCCUGUUCCUUUCCUUUCUCCUUUUAAGUCUCUGGUUCCGUUCUUCUCUCUCUUCCCGAAUUACUUCUCUGAGCCUCUGUCUCCGUCCCUCUGUCUCUGGCUCCUGCAUCUGUCUGGCUCCCGGCCUCCCUCGCCCCCUCUCCGCCCCUCCCCCGCGCUGUCAUUCACCCCGCUUCUCUCCGCGCACAGCCAAUGGAGAGACCCGGCCGAAACGGCAGGGCUCGCUCGCACCAGGCUUUUUCGCCCGGUGAUUGAUGUCCCAGAGUCAACAGCGAGCGAGGAGCCGGAGAGGGGAAGGAGCAGGCGGAGAGGGGAAGAAUACGGCGCCCCUUCUUCUUCCCCUCCCCCUUACUUUAGCCCUUCCGCGCACUUCGCCUCCAAGUCUCCGCGCAGCCAGGCGCCGCUGCCGCCUCCGCGCCCCUCCGUGCUGCCCUCCGAGCCAAGCACAGCGAGCGCCGCCGCCCAGGCCCCCCCGCGGGGCCGGGGCUGGGGGCUAGCAUGGAGCACCUGGGUCCGCACCAUCUCCACCCGGGCCACGCGGAGCCCAUCAGCUUCGGCAUCGACCAGAUCCUCAACAGCCCGGACCAGGGCGGCUGCAUGGGGCCCGCCUCGCGCCUCCAGGACGGAGAAUAUGGCCUUGGCUGUUUGGUUGGAGGCCCCUACGCUUACGGCGGCGGGGGCCCCCCAGCCGGGGCGGGGGCCGGGGGCGCAGGGGCCUAUGGCGCUGGCGGUCCGGGCGGCUCUGGUGGCCCGGCGGGGGGCGGCGGCGGCGGCGGCGCCUGCAGCAUGGGCCCGCUGGCCGGCUCCUACAACAUGAACAUGGCCUUGGCGGGCGGCCCCGGUCCGGGCGGCGGCGGCGGCGGUGGCGGGGGCGGCGGCGGCGGCGCGGGGGCGACGCUGAGCGCUGCGGGGGUGAUCCGUGUGCCCGCGCACAGACCGCUAGCUGGAGCGGUGGCCCACCCUCAGCCUCUGGCUACCGGCUUGCCCACCGUGCCCUCCGUGCCUGCCGUGCCGGGCGUCAACAACCUCACCGGCCUCACCUUCCCCUGGAUGGAGAGUAACCGGAGAUACACAAAGGACAGGUUCACAGGUCACCCCUAUCAGAACCGGACGCCCCCCAAGAAGAAGAAGCCGCGUACGUCCUUCACGCGCCUGCAGAUCUGCGAGCUGGAGAAGCGCUUCCACCGCCAGAAGUACCUGGCCUCGGCCGAGCGCGCCGCCCUGGCCAAGGCGCUCAAAAUGACCGACGCGCAGGUCAAAACCUGGUUCCAGAACCGGCGGACGAAAUGGAGGCGGCAGACCGCGGAGGAGCGUGAGGCCGAGAGGCAGCAGGCAAACCGCAUCCUCCUGCAGUUGCAGCAAGAGGCCUUCCAGAAGAGCCUGGCGCAGCCGCUGCCCGCCGACCCGCUAUGUGUGCACAACUCCUCGCUCUUCGCCCUGCAGAACCUGCAGCCCUGGUCUGACGAUUCCACCAAGAUCACCAGUGUCACGUCGGUGGCAUCAGCCUGCGAGUGAGCCUGCCCACUCCGUGUGACACCCCAGGUCCAGCCAAGGGGUGCUGAGGCCUGAGAGCCAGGACUCUCUCCCACCCCUCCCCGCCUCAGACUGCACAGGGGACAGGACGCCUCACCUCUCCCCAUCGGCCCGGUGACACUAUUCCCUCUUGGAAAAGAAAAAAAGAGCCAGGACGGGCACUGCAACCUCUUCCCAGACGCCUGCCUUCCUGCUCCCGCUGAAACUCUUGAGUCCUCUCAGUUUGCAUCUAUUUUAUUUUAUUCUGAUUUUCAACAUGGGACCAAGAGAGGCAGGGGAGUUGGGGGAAGAAUAGCUUCUGGGGUCCCCAGAGGACUGCGCAGGCUGUCAUUUGAACUUGCCCUGAGGAGACCUCCUCUCUGUACCCCACUCCUUAUCACACAUGGACAUCGAUAGGCCCACGCAGAGGCAAUUUCACAUCCCUCUUGGUGUCACCCCAGAAGCACACACAGGGGACCUAUGGUGGAGUGUCAUGAACACACAGGGCCAUAGCCUUUGCACCUUUGACCCUCACUGUCAGACAUAAGCCAGGAGUGACCCAGACUCAUUCUGAACGGCAUGGCACUUCUCACAAACGCAAGGCCACCACCACACUGUGACACACCAUCCCAUACACAACAGCCACAAUAUCCUCACUUGGCCUGCGAGGCCCCCAUCACACAUCCUAGCUGCACCCAGGUACGCACAGGCAGGUUUUCACAGACACUCAGCCCAUUUCUCCAGCUCCUGUUCAUAGGGGGGGUUUAAGUUAUGCACUUAUAAGGUGUUUUCUGUGUAACCAUUUUAUAAAGUGCUUGUGUAAUUUAUGUGAAAAAAUAAUAAAACCCUCAGAUCCAGA